UAAACGUUCGCUUAUUCUCCUCGAAACGCCUUUAGAAUAAUUAAUAAAUAGAGGAAAAGUUGUUUUUCCUCUCUGUGAAUCGAGUCACUACGAAAGGUGUAACCGUGCGGUAACGAACAUGGGAUUAAAGGAUUUCCGGAUAAUUUACGACAAUCCUUGGAGCACUUAUUAUCCAGGACAGACCGUCACAGGAAAUAUCAUCGUUGUGCUGGACAGCAUGAAGAAGAUUCGCGGAAUCAGCGUAAAAGUAAAAGGUGUUGCGAACACAUGUUGGACCACGGACAAACAGGACAUGGACGAGAGAGGACAAUACAGAGAUGGAACUCAGACGGUCACCGCCCACGAGGAAUACUUCGAGACAAAAUAUUAUCUGGUUGGAUCGGCUUCUGGAGGUGAAAUAGAGAUACAAAGCGGAGAGCACAAAUUCCCUUUUCAAUGCGUUCUACCGACUAAUUUGCCUAGUAGCUUCGAAUCCGAUUUCGGACACGUUCGGUACACCGUUAAAGCAACACUGGAUCGUCCUUGGAAGUUCGAUCAAGAAGUGAAGAGUCCCUUUACAGUGGUGUCGCCUCUUGACCUUAAUCAAGAACCGAGGGCUUCGGAAAAAGUACAAGAGGAAAUGAGCAAGACAUUUUGUUGCUUGUGCUGUGGAACUCCACCGUUAACUGUUACUUAUUCAUUACCAGUUAGAGGAUAUGUACCAGGUCAAUCAAUGCCGAUAAGAGUGAUCGUUGAAAAUUUAUCAGGCGUUACGGUGGAUACUGUGAAACUGAUUCUGUGUAAGAUCGUGACUUUACGUGCUACCACGCCGACCACUGAUACCAAAACGGAAGAGAUUGUGGUAGCGGAAGUAGGCAAAGGACCUGUCGAGGGAGGAGGAACUGCCGAUUAUGAACAGAAGUUAGAUAUCCCUCCGUUACCUCCGUCCAAUUUGACCAAUUGUGGUAUCAUCGAUGUGGAAUAUAAUCUUAAAGUUGUGGCCUGUGUUUCUGGAUGGUAUUAUCGAAAUUUGUCGAGGAAUAUUUCUGUGUUCGUGGGUACUGUGCCAUUGGUGAAUUAUCAAACACCUAGUGCUCCACCUGCCGAAGGAUAUCCAGCAAAACCAUCAGAAAUUGGAUGGACAACUACAGGAAUUCCAGUUUCGAGUCCUGACGGAGCUCCGCCGUCGAAUUUGUAUCCCAAUUUACCUCCGCCUUCAUACGAGGAAUCAACCAAUGGUGCUAGAAGUCUAUGGGAACGCGGCGAAUCCGAGCACGUUUUCGGAAUAUCGAAUCGUUUUGCACCCAAAUAUCCGGUAUUUAAUUUCAUACCAGCUCAAUGA